AUGCCAAACGAUCCAGCAGACCUCCAAUUUGCCGCCGAGGAUGUCCCUGGCCGUGACUCAGGCUUAGGAUCCUUGGACACCGGCACAAGCGUCGACCCGAAUACCUCAGUUGAUGUCUACAACAGAGUCAUGCUGCAGUACACCCAACGUCAAAUCGCUGCAUUCACUCAGGAAGACAAAGGAACUGGACGCCGAGGGAGCAGCACCAGUGGUCGUAGCGGCCAGAGCAAUUCCUCGUCCGUGGGCAACAUGGCUCGCACCGGUACUUGCCCACCACCUCAGCGGAGUUCUGAAGCAUCUGCCAGCCAGUCUCCUGGAGGCCCUCGGGCAUAG